AUGCAUCGUCAUGCGAAAGAUAAGGAUAGAAAUAGAGAUAGCGAUAGAAGUAGGGAUAGAGAUAGAGAUAGAGAUAGAGGUAGAGAUAGAGAUAGAGAUAGAGAUAGAGACAGAGACAGAGACAGAGACAGAGACAGAGACAGAGACAGAGACAGAGACAGAGACAGAGACAGAGACAGAGACAGAGACAGAGACAGAGACAGAGACAGAGACAGAGACAGAGACAGAGACAGAGACAGAGACAGAGACAGAGACAGAGACAGAGACAGAGACAGAGACAGAGACAGAGACAGAGACAGAGACAGAGACAGAGACAGAGACAGAGACAGAGACAGAGACAGAGACAGAGACAGAGACAGAGACAGAGACAGAGACAGAGACAGAGACAGAGACAGAGACAGAGACAGAGACAGAGACAGAGACAGAGACAGAGACAGAGACAGAGACAGAGACAGAGACAGAGACAGAGACAGAGACAGAGACAGAGACAGAGACAGAGACAGAGACAGAGACAGAGACAGAGACAGAGACAGAGACAGAGACAGAGACAGAGACAGAGACAGAGACAGAGACAGAGACAGAGACAGAGACAGAGACAGAGACAGAGACAGAGACAGAGACAGAGACAGAGACAGAGACAGAGACAGAGACAGAGACAGAGACAGAGACAGAGACAGAGACAGAGACAGAGACAGAGACAGAGACAGAGACAGAGACAGAGACAGAGACAGAGACAGAGACAGAGACAGAGACAGAGACAGAGACAGAGACAGAGACAGAGACAGAGACAGAGACAGAGACAGAGACAGAGACAGAGACAGAGACAGAGACAGAGACAGAGACAGAGACAGAGACAGAGACAGAGACAGAGACAGAGACAGAGACAGAGACAGAGACAGAGACAGAGACAGAGACAGAGACAGAGACAGAGACAGAGACAGAGACAGAGACAGAGACAGAGACAGAGAAAAAAUUUGUGUUAAUCUGAUGUUCCGUCACGAUUCAUACCUACUUAAUAAAUUUUAA